AUGUCUGAAAUUAAUAAAAAUGACGAUCAAGAGAUAAUUGUAGAUGAAACAGAUUCUUCAUCAAACGCAUCUUCUAACAGCCAGUUCGAUACAGAGCAUGCUAGAAACAGUUAUGACGAUGAUUCAGAAAAUAUCAUUAGCAACUUAUCUUCAGAAAGAAAUAAACUUAAAAAUGGUGAAAGCUUAUCGUUUAGUAUCUCUCGCCUUCUCUCUAAGGCUUACGGAACCGAAAAUGAUACUUUAGAAAGAAGUAGUCCUGUUAACGAAAAAAUUAGUGACAAGCAAUUUAGUACAGAACAAAAAACUUAUUUUGAAAAUUCUCUUUGUACAUAUCCAUUAUAUUCGCCUAGUCAUACUGCUCUAAGAAUACCAACACAACGAACUGUUGCCCCAAUUGCAUGGAGUCUACCAAAUUUGCAUUCAGCGGCGUUAGCACACCAAGUUGUCAAAGAAAGACUCGCAGCAUUUCCCAUUACUAGAAGAAUCGGGCAUCCAUAUCAAAAUCGUACACCACCAAAACGAAAAAAGCCAAGGACGUCCUUCACUAGAGUACAAGUAGCUGAACUAGAAAAAAGAUUUCAUAAACAGAAAUAUUUAGCUUCAGCUGAAAGAGCAGCAUUAGCAAGGGGAUUAAAAAUGACUGAUGCACAAGUUAAAACAUGGUUUCAAAAUAGAAGAACCAAAUGGAGGAGACAGACUGCUGAAGAACGAGAAGCAGAACGGCAAGCAGCAAGUAGAUUAAUGCUAUCAUUACAAGCCGAAGCAUUGGGAAAAGGCUUUGGACAGACAGGAGUGAACCCAACGAAUAUUGCUUCUGGUCAGCCUUUGGCAGCAUUACAUGGUUUACAGCCUUGGGCAGACGCCCAUAGUAACUGCUGAGCUA